AUGGCUCGUAUGAAACCGGGUGUAUUCUCAUGGGACGACGUGUUGGCCCAGCGAUAUCAGAGCAAUAAGCCACCUGCCCUUCUCCACCGCCGAAUUAUAGAGACUCCCCAACCACAGCCACAGAGCCGCCUACUGGCACGGCUAUCACCGGAACUUCGCCUCAUGAUCUGGGGAUUUGUCUUGGGGGGUCAGCGCAUCCACAUAAUCCAACGCAGCGGAAAGCGACUCGGGCAUGUGAUAUGUCCAUGUUCACCAUACGAAGACGUGAAAGCAUCGAAGCAUUCCAGACAACGGAGCGACAAUAUCUGUGACGUUUGCCAUGGGACCGGCAUCCCUCAGCCGGCUAAAGAGGGAGAGUUCGCGCGCAGUAGGAAUAAGGUUAUGCUACUGAGUUUGGCAUUAACUUGUCGACAGAUAUACCAUGAGUCAAUUGCCUUACUCUACACGCUCCCGACUUUUGAAUUCAGCAACCCGUGGUCCCUACCCUACCUGCUCCCAACGAUCCCACACGAGCACUGGGAAUUAAUCCGCACCGUUGAACUACGCUGGUCAUUUCCCGGUCACUGGCUGCCGAGUAAGGACUCGGUGCGCACAGUCUACGUGUCCGCCGGCCGGACGCAGUGGCAAGAGACCUGUCAAGCACUGAAACAGAUGAGUUCUCUGCGAAGCUUCGUGCUCGUAUUAGAGAGCACCUGGUUCAGCGAGAGUGCCGGGAAAUUGGUAGGAUUCCUCGAGCCGUUGCGAGGAUUGGCAGUGGGCCCUAUUUGUAAGCGGGACUUACGAAGGGAUGAUCUCGGAUUUCGGAAUUUUGAUGUGCCCAGAGAAUACGGGCGUGAGCAUGGACAUGGGUUCGCGGAAGAGUCGACUGGAGGCAGUAGCUCCGACGAAGAGUCCUGUGCGAGCCUGGGUUCGUCUCAGAGUUCGAUCUCUGAAACGGCGGCGGGAUUUAGUAGGACCAGGACAAGUAUGGAUGUGGCGUUGAGAAUGGGUCGAUGGGAGCUUCGGCUCCAGGGCCAGUCAUAUUAUGCUCAUGAACUGCAGAAGAUAGGAGAUGAUCUGCGGCAGAGAGGGAUAGAUUGUUUGAUAUCGGCGGUGUGA